GAAAAUCAAAACAUCCCAUCCCCCAGAACGGGAGAAACAACGAAAUUGCCAGAAAAUUGCACAACAGCUGUAAGAAGUGGUUUUUCUUAUCCGACACAAUCUUCCGGGUUAAGGUAAUAGAUUUCAUAAGUUUGUUAAAGCCGUGUUCUGAUUAGGGAAUGUGACUCGAAGAAAACGGGCUGAUUGUCAUCAUUGAAACGCUAGAGUGUGUUGAUUGCAGCCAGCAGAAAAAAAGUGUUUCGCAAUCACUUGGGUCGGCUGCCGAAAAAUUACUUCGUUCCUCGGACGUGUGUGUUCUCGGUUAAGUUUCCGGGAUUUGUGCGGAUCUCGGGACAUAAAACGGAAACGGAACUGUGUCAAGUGUAUGUGCCGGUCAAAUUCGAGAAAAUAGUUGGUGAAGUUAGGCGAAGAACAGCGUGAUUAUUGGCGUACAGAAUUUUUUCGGCGGCUCGUUGAAGGAAAGUUGCAUGAAGUGUUUGUCUCCUUGCUGCUGAUAACUGGCUGAUUGGACGGCGACGACGACGACGACGACGUCAACAAUCGGUUCAGCGGAUCGCACAAUGGCACGACGCCGAUGAUCAUCAUCACGAUCGAUCGAGAAGAAGCUGACUGAAGGCGACGCCGGCGAAAGUGUGAUGUUAGGCGUCGGAGAGCCGAUUAGUUAAGGGAGAGAGAGUACGGUGAGAGAAAGAAAACUCUUCGUCGUUUCGUGGAGAGUCGAGUUGGGGAGUUUGCUCCACGCGCUCCCCCGAAGAGUGAGCUGAGUUGGGGCGCGCGUUGACUGACUGGACUGGACUGGCUGGCUGGUCGCUCGGGCCCCUCGUGUGCGUCGUCGUCGUUGUGGUUCGGGUGGUGAUAAUCUGGUGGUGGUUAAGCGCCUCACGACGACGAAUCUUCCAAGCCAACAAGAUCCUCUUGCGCGAAACCGUUUUUUCGGGGGGUUUCUAGCGUAAUGCUGCCAACCGAUCGGCUCACAAUUCUUUUGACUAUGGCGUGUUUAAGUUCGUCGAAUCGGGUGUGCGCCCGCGUUGUGCAGGAAAAAUUGUGUCAAUUUGUCGUUGGCAAAAAUCAGGCCCCGUCCUCGGUGCUCGGUUCGGUAUCUUCUGGCGGCGGCCACGGUGGUGGCAAUAAUACAAGUGAGAAAAAUAGUGCUGGUGGCACCGUUUCCGGAACUGCUGCAAGUGCUGGAUCCUUAGCUGGUGCCAACAAUAAUAAUAAAAGUAAUAGUGUCGUCGUUGCAAGUGGUAGCUCAAGCAACAGCAACAGCAGCAGUGCCAUGGCCGCCGUGAAUCGUACUGUUGCCACUGUGGCGAAGAGAACCGGAGGAAUCUUCUCCGGUGCUGGCACCAUGUAUCCGUUGUUUACAUCCGGUGGUUCUAUUGGCGCGGAAGCUUUGAAAUUCGGACCGAUUGGUGCGAUUGGUGUUGCUGGCGGCAGUGUUCGUGGUUUUUACAGUUCGGCUUUGGUGCGCAAUCUUGUCAAGAGAAAUCAGCCAUCAUGUACCAGCAGAUUACAGCAGUGCAGCCAGCUGCACCAGUCCGCAUCCAGCAGCAGCAGCAGCAACAGCCACAUCCAGACCAGCCCAGCCGCGUCCACCCCCGCACAUCCCUGCAUGCGAGGUUACAGUUCCGUACACACACAGCAGCCGGCCGGCCCGAUCCGGGAAUACAACAUCGAUCCGUACAUCCUGCUCGACGAGGAACUCAAGUACAUCUUCGAGGACAUCAGACAGGAAAUCAGCCGUGCCACCAACCACCAGGAGCUGCAAAAGAUUGCAGUCUACUACUUCGACGGCCAGGGGAAAGCCAUUCGACCGAUGGUGGCCAUGCUGAUGGCCAAGGCACUCAACUACCACAUGCACAACGAAAACAGCAACAUAGUGCACGCACAGCGACAGAUCGCCAUGAUUUCGGAGAUGAUUCACACCGCCAGCCUGGUACACGAUGACGUCAUCGAUCAGUCAUUCGCGCGGCGAGGCAAACCCAGCGUCAACGUCAUAUGGAAUCAUAAAAAGGUGACACAGGCUGGCGAUUACGUGCUUGCUGUAGCGUCUAUGUUGCUGGCCCGACUUAAACACGACGAAGUUACUCACAUCCUCAGUCAGGUCCUGACAGAUUUAGUGCAGGGAGAGUUCAUGCAGCUAGGCUCCAAGGAAACCGAAAACGAACGAUUCGCUCACUACUUCACCAAGACGUACAGGAAAACGGCAUCCCUAAUAGCGAAUAGUUUAAAAGCGGUGGCAGUCCUAUCCGGGGCGGACGAACAGAUGGUCGAGCUGAGCUUCCAGUACGGGCGGAAUUUGGGCCUGGCGUUCCAGUUUGUCGAUGAUCUGCUAGAUUUCGUGUCCAGCUCCGAGGCCAUGGGCAAACCGGCCGCCGCGGAUCUGAAGUUGGGUCUGGCCACCGCGCCGGUGCUCUUUGCCUGCGAGAAGUACCCGGAGCUCAACCCGAUGAUCCUGCGCCGCUUCCGGGAACCGGGCGACGUCGAGCGGGCCUACGAGCUGGUACACAAAUCGCAGGGCCUGGAGCAGACCCGCUUUCUGGCCCGGAAGCACUGCAUCGAGGCGCUGCGGCUCGCGUCCCAGAUCAGCGAAUCGCCGUAUCAAAAGGGUUUGAUAGUGGUCGGCGACUUCGUGCUGAACCGAAUGAAAUAACACCCGACGAAGAAAAAAAAACGGUGGGAGAUGAACGGCGGAAGGAGCGGUUACGUUACGUUACGAUACGUUAGUUAGUUAGCUAGUUAGUUGGUAAUAAGAUUAGCUAAUAGGCUCUAGUUAUUUUUUUUUUGUAUGGAAGGAAGAAAAAACUUCUUAGGAGCAAGUUUUGUGCGAUUGAUAGGGUCAAGUUAACUCUAUUGUUUUGUUUCGUUUUUUUUUUCAAUAUUUUUUUUUGUUUCGAAUUGAAUCACCAACUUUUUUCAUCGAUUGUGAAAAAACUGUGUCACUUUUUUUUUGGUUUUGUUUUUUUUUUUGUUUUGAAUGUAUCGAGUUUGAGUGAAGAAUUCUAUGUACAGUUGAAUCGUGGUCUUCGGAUCUUAUGAUAAAACUUCUUCCCAAGAGAUCAUGACCGGGGGAAAAACACGAGGGAAAAAAGGGAUAAAAAGACAGAGGAAGAGUGUAUGACUGUGUGAGAGUGAUGUGCGUAAAAGUGAAUCAUAUUUGUAGGAGAAAUCUAUCGGGGUGUGUUAUUGUUAUUAAUGUAGUUGUAUCUAUUUUAUUACUUCCGGAAGUAACUUUGUGGGGUUUGCUGCACACCGGAAUAGGGAUGUCCCCUUUUUUCCGCGUGCCACAGCUGGGUUUAAAUAUUAUUCGAGAGUGAUCGAGAGAGAUUCAGGUUUAUAGAACUGAACGCGUAUGGAAUGUGUAUAGUGCGGGUUCAAAAACAAUAAAAAAUCUACAUUACUCAAUAAACUUCUUUCAGUAUCUUUAAUUCUAUAAAUUUAUUUUAGCGCGAAAAAGGCAAGCAAUAAUAAGUUCUACUUUAAGUGACCGUCUUUAGUCUUUAGAGGGCAGUAUAGAGAAAAAUCGUAUGGGGAGCAAUGUGUGAAUAAUCAAAUCGAAAAAAAAAGUUAGAGAAAGAUGCGUUGAUGUUGCAGGGCCAGAUAGAGCAAGACGAAAAACAACGAAACAUAAGUGCAAUGUUACGUUACAGAAAAUUUGUUUAUCAUCAGUUUAGAAUGUUUUCAAAGUUUUAUUUUUAUUUGUUUUGGUUCACUCGGAAUUGGAAUGUGUGAGAUUGAGUCUUCUAACAACUAUUGUAUAAAAGAUUUUCGUAUGGUUUGUUUUUGUUUUUAUAGAAUCCUUGAAGAAGAUUUUUUAUGAGUAUAAAUUCCUCUUGAUUUCAGUUUAUGUUUGUAUUCAACUUCCACUGAAUGGUCUGAAAAAAAAAAGCGUAUAUGUGUCUGUAAAUUGAGCAAGAGCAAAAACAGAGAGAAGUCAGAAGUGAAAUUUGAUAGUGUUUGUGAGAUAUGAUUAGUGAACUUUGAAUGAAAUUUGAAUGUAUGUGCGAGUGUGGGAAGUAUUGUGUCUUAAAAUAUAAAUGUAAUCAACAGGAGCCUUAAUAGAUUAAUGGGAAAGAAAAUGUACAUAGUCUAAGAUAUUGCGUGAGUCAACGGGAGAAAUCCACGAGAGAUGAAGCUCUCGUUCAAGUAGGCAUUGAAAUGCGAAACUCGAAGCACGUCAGUGUGAGUGAGAGUAUGUUUCAAUCUAACGUUAGCGUAUAUAUCAUUCAUAGUAGGCCAAUCAGUGUCCACUAGCUGCUCAAUUAUGGUUUAAAGCGAAAAUGCAAAACGUACCAGUUUAAAUUCAUACUCUAAUUUUAAAAGAAGAAGGAAAAAAAACCCCGACGACAGGGAAGGUCUUAUAAUUUGAUAAAAUCAAAGAUGAAAAUAAUCGGAUUCUAUACAAAGGCACAAUGAAACAUCCCCCAAACAACUGUAAAUAUUAGCUCUAAUUUAUCCACUAAGCCGAACCCUUUUAGUUUAAACCGAGAGAGAACACGCACACAAACACACAUCCAAUCGAACUUUUACACCAACAACAACAGCACAGAUUGAAGAAUCAUGCGUUGACAGCUGUCAGAAACAAAAACGCACCGGUGUAGUGUUGUUGUUUUUUUUCUCGUUUGACAGUUGUCUAAAUCUUCACACACACAUGUAAACAAACAAUCAAAAUUCCCCUAAACCCCGUUCCACAUCCUCUUAUUUAACAUCCUUUCCCUUAAUACAGUGUAAAUCAAAUAUGAGAAGAAAAAAACUUAGAAAUAGUGAAAGAUGAAGCGAAAAGCAACAAUCAAAUCGUGACUCGGCUGGGGAUUCUUCUUUCAUAAAACAACAUUUUUGUUUAAGCGUUUAGCAUUGGUUAGUAAUUUUUGUUUUGUUUCCAUUUCUUCUUCGUUCGUGUUGUGAAAAUGACAGUUCCAAAAGUGUCACACGACGGAAAGAGUAGAGGAAAAAUGGCAGCUCGGUCGCAGUUAAGUGGUUGCCAAAAAAUAAGAAUUAAAACGUUUUAACUCUUCCGUUUCGCCCCCUCCUGAAAAGUUACCAUUUUUGUCUUUCUAAAACUUGCUAAAUCAAAAGCCGCCGCCGAGCAGUUUCUAAAAGUCAAAAACAGAUUGUGUUCGGUAGUUAGUUAUUUAAAUUAGAAAAAAAAAAGAAAAAGACGUGACCACUCGAAGGAAAGCAAGUGAAACCUUUUUAUUUCUUUUUAUAAAUCCUUACAUUUUAGGGGAGCGCGAAGAUGCAAUCAAAAGUAAACUAACAUUGAGAUAAACAAUUUAUGAAGAAAGAAGAAAAAAAGCAUAACGGAAGGGCUGCCAAAUAGUUGUUUUCCACCUUGAAUUUGUAAAAAAAACGAAACUAAACUGUAUAGAAAAUCUGUUGAAAAUGUUGAAAACAACAUUACAAAUCUGAAAGAUUUUAAGAGAAGAAAAAAAAAACGAAGAGUAAAACACACAUCAGUUAAAAAGUAAACCCCCCAUCUUAUUAGCGAGCGCAUUGAACGAUAGAAAAAAUACACUCAAAAAAAAAAACUGGGAAAUGGUGUAUUUUUGGUGUGAAUGUGUGUUCUAGAGUAUAAAGGUGAAAAAAAAAAUCUAGAAAGAAAUAAACACAAGUUUCAACCAACAACUUAGACACAAAUAUACACAUAUAACUUUGAGAGAGAAAAACAAAACUUCAAUAGGGAUGUACAGUAUAUUAUUCAUUGCGCCCACAGACACACAUAUAUAUUUUACAGAAGAAAAAAUCUACACCAACACCAAGACACCCACACACCCACAGAGAGAAGCGAGAAAUUUAGAAGAGA